UUUUGAAAGCCUAACAUUUUGCCAACCCGAAACAAUCAUCUGAUUCAAGUGUUCAGAGCAAAUAUGUGGUUAUUUUCGAUAGAAAGUACAACAGUAUUUUUGCAACUUUCUUUGACAACCGCAUCGAAAAUCUGACAUAAGCUUUCAAUGUGUUUCCUCUCAAGUUCCCAAAUUCGAGUCACCCCCGAGCAUAGGUGAGCAUAAGCAUAAACAUAAACAUUGCUGUGUCAGUGUGUGAGUGAAAGCGAAUAACCCCUCAAACAAGCGCGAAAGCAACUACGAUGGCCGAUUCCGCAGCGACCGAAGUCCCGGCUGCAGCAGCUGCUGCCCCAGCCGCCACGGCCAAGUCACCGAAGAAGCCAAAGGCGGCCGCCGGCCCCAAGAAGCCCAAGCAGCCAGCGGCACAUCCUCCGGUCAACGAGAUGCUGCUGGCCGCCGUCAAGGCACUCAACGAACGCAACGGUUCCUCGCUGCAGGCGAUCAAGAAGUACGUGGCGGCCAACUACAAGGCUGACGUGACCAAGCUGGCCACCUUCUUGAAGAAGGCCCUCAAGACUGCCGUCGCCAACGGCAAGCUGGUCCAGACCAAGGGAACCGGUGCGUCGGGCUCAUUCAAGCUCUCGGCCGCAGCUAAGAAGCCAGCGGUAGAGAAGAAGAAGAAGGCAGCGGCCCCCAAGAAGUCGGCCUCUGCCGCGGACAAGAAGAAGAAGACCGCAGCCAAGAAGCCCGCCGGAGAGAAGAAGGCCGCCGCCAAGAAGACCACCAAGAAGGCUGACGGUGCCGCCGCCAAGAAACCGAAGGCCGCCGCAGCUAAGAAACCCAAGGCCGCCGACGGAGCGAAGAAAGCCGCCAAGAAACCGGCAGCCCCGAAGCAGAAAUCCACCAAGCCAACCAAGGCCGCGGCUGCCAAGCCAAAAGCACCGAAACCAAAGAAGGCAGCAGCUCCCGCCAAGAAGGCCGCCGCUCCCAAGAAGGCUGCCGCACCCAAGAAAGCCGCUGCCCCCAAAAAGGCAGCUGCAGCCAAGAAGUAAACCACCUACUACACGUUAUACUGCAUGCUUCUACAACAGCAUUGCAAUAACGCUCUCUUGGUUCCAAGCAACAGUCCUUUUCAGGACUACAAAUCGAAUCAUUCAAGAACUUCAUCAUUUCAUUCGAACACCUUACAUAUU